AUGGCUACGAAUGUCAAAAAGGAUCACUUAUAUGUUAUGCAAAUAUUUUUAGCUGCGGCUUAUGCCGUCACGUUGGCUUUGCGUAGCAAAAGACGUAGAGAUUGUAUUGGGGCGCUAGAUGGGACCCAUAUCCAUGCUUCUGUUCCAGCAUCUGAAGUUGUAGCAUUUCGUGGACGAAAACCAUAUCCUACACAAAAUGUGCUUGAUGCUGUGGACUUUAAUUUACGUUUUACCUAUGUCCUUGCUGGAUGGGAAGGUUCAGCACAUGAUGCUCUAGUCUUACGUGAUGCACUCGAGAGGCCGAAUGGCCUGUCAGUUCCCGAAGGAAAAUAUUACUUGGUUGAUGCGGGGUACGCUACAAGACCAGGAUUUUUAUCUCCUUACAGGGGUGUUAGGUACCAUCUCAAAGAGUUUGGCUCACGAACACCGGCAAACCAUAAAGAACUCUAUAACCUUCGCCAUUCAUCGGCUCGUACGACAAUUGAACGUGCAUUUGGUUCUCUUAAGGGCCGUUUUAAGAUUCUCACAUCUAGACCAUUUUUUCCAUUCAAGACUCAGGCUGAACUAGUCUUGGCUACAUGUAUUCUACAUAAUUACAUCUUAAGUGGGGGUGAAGAUGUGUUUAUACCAUCUGAGGAAGAGUGGACUCCACAUCGGCCACCCUCACAAAGUAACACAAGGGAGCAAAGAGAAGAGGCCCAAGAAUGGGUGGCACACAGAGAAACAAUUGCAUGCAAUAUGUGGGCAAAUAAGUAG